AGUUAAGAGCCCAAAAGCCCAAAAUUGCGUUGUUUAUAUAGAAUUGGCGGUGUCAUUUGUUAACUGACUAAUCAAAAUGGCUUCUGAGAAUGAGAAUGGUAGGAAGGAGGAAGAGAAGUCACUGCCUCUCGAUGAUACUGACGACGACAAUAAGAUGGCAUCGAUGGAGUCUGAGAUUUCUGAGAAAGUGAAAGAUGAGCUGCGGCAACUUUAUGAGGAAGUCCUAAGAAGAAGGGGUGGGCCUUUCCGUCGUCGAAGACCAGAACGUGCGCACAAAAAACGAGGAGUCUUUGAAGGCCAUUCCAACAACACUCCAAAUAAGUCUGAGAUUUCUGGGAAAGGGAAAGAUGAGGUGCGGGGGCCCGAAAUUCUCUACCCUCCUCGUCGAGAAAUAGAGCUUGCAGUAAAUGUGACGAAACUACGAUCAGAACUGAUUGUCCUCGGGCUAUUUGACGAGGAAUCCCGAAGAAGAACUACGAGGGACCAGUUUACCGCCCCGUCGUCAAGGCCAUUCCAACAAGACUCCAAAGGAGAAGCCUCCUAAAGUGUGUUAUUAUGUUAAAUGUCUGCACUUUUUGUUACUCAUGCCUACUCUAUUGUUAAUACUUCGAUAAUGCAUCCAUCUAAUAAAAUUUACAACUCAUUCACCUCACAUGCUCUCAUGUAUUCUGGUAUAACUUUGAUGUGCUUUGGUUACAUACGUAUAUGUGAAUUCAUUCCUGAAA